AUGGCAUAUUCCUGCUACCGAGGACGGGGAGAAAGAAAACCAAGAGGCUGCUACUAUGUAAUACUGCAGCGCGGCAUGGUACAGUACUAUUGCAACCGUUUCCCGUGCCACAAUGAAUGCAACCGCAAAGGUUGGGUUCUUUGCUUAGCGAGCUUGUUUGCUGCUACCUAUGCCACUGUGAGCUUAUCAAGCUCUAACGAAUCGGAUGCGUUGCCCGGUUCCUUUGCAGAGGAACAAAUGACGCUCUGUUUCUGCCUUCUUAUCCCACGGAAUCCCGCGGCUAUGCCGGGUACUUAUGUUUAUGAGCCCUUUGCACGAUCAAUUCGGCCGCUGUCAAUGCCCGUCAAGAAGCGUACCAACCUGCCGACAUGGGAAAUACUGCAUGGGGGUCGGGUCGUUGAAAAGCCGCCAUUGUCGGCACGCCCCGAUUGGAGCCGACUCUGGAGGUGGAGGUGCGAAACGUGGGCAUUCUCGCUGCAAGCCGACAAGGGCCGUUAUAUUGUCAAAAGUGCCCUCACAAAGCUGCUGUCUAGAUCGGCGAUUGGCGGGGAGCGCAGGAAAUGCUACCCUCUGCAUUCAUUCUACUCUUUAUCGCUCACAUUUGGACCCCUCAGGUAGCCGUCUUUGCCAACAGGGCUGUCUGCACAAUAGUUCUCAAUGGGGGCCGAGAACCCCUCGGUAGUGCCAUGCGCCAUACAGCAACUUGACACAUGCGGAGUGCAUGCGUGCGCCGAGCCUAGGCGCAGAUACACGCGGGCUGCUAGUUGGAUUCCAGACCUAUUCGGCCAGAGCAAAAGAUCUUUUACGUCAAAGGCUCUUGAAUACACAUGUGUGUAGUAGCAUAUAGUAGGCAUAGUCAAGGAAUGACAAUCGC